AUGAGGGGGGAGGAGGCGGUGACCGCGGUGGCGAGGCCCGAGGCGGGCCGCGACGGCGAGCAGUCUCGGCCGCCCGCAGGCCUGGGGUGCGGGGCGCGCGGGGAGACCGGAGGCCGCGGCUCCCAAGAGUCCCGGAAGCAGUGGAAGAAACUUUUAUAUUGUGAGCCACAUAAGAGAAUUAAGGAAGUACUGGAAGAAGAACUUUAUAUUAAGAGAGAUGAAUGCCACAUUAAACAUCCACCUGCAGUGGCCCUGGAAGGGAUUUGGAGCAUUAAAAGGAAUCUCCCUGUGGGAGGCUUGAAGCCAGGACUGCCGAGCAGAAACAGUUUACUGCCACAAGCCAAGUACUAUUCGAGGCACGGAGGGCUACAAACUUCAUCUCUGUAA